CCUGUCGCUACCUAGCAGCGUUGCCUCCAACCACUGGAGGGAAAGGGUAGCAUCGAGCGCGGGGAGAAUGGUACGUCGCCCAAACGCCUUCUGGUUGUUCGCCGUCUUCCUUGGCCAAGCCGUAGCGCAGGAAUUGCCCGAGUGCUUACCCCGCAGCGUGUGUGGCUACGUGCAACUCAACUUGGCAGGAGUGAAUGCGGAGCCCCUGUGUCGGUGUCGUGCUGGCAAUGAAUGUCCCCUCGUCUGGGAUCCGCUGGAUGGCAGGACGGUCUCACACGGCAACGACCAGUAUAAGUACUGUGAGCGUGCACCCCGCCUGAGCACCUGCACAACAGAGGAAGUGGUGUACAGCAGCAGGUCUUUCAUCACCACAAGUGGCAGCAUGGCGAACGUUGUGCGCAUCCACUGCCUGUGCCCGCCAACGCACAUCUUCGCCAGAAACCACACAAAGUUCCACCAGUCCGACGACGGCAUCACCUCUAUGGUCGUUACGUCGCUCUGUAAACCGCCACCCAUGUGCAACCCCGUUGGAACUGACGCCUGCAUGGCCAUAUCGGAGUCAUACGUCACUGGAACCAAGUUGCUGAAGCGUGACUGCGCAUGCCCAGUUGGGUACUACUGCCCAGGCGACAUUCGACUGGCAGCUGAACGAGUCGAGAUGCCCAAGGGGGCGUAUUAUCUUAUCAACUGCGCCUAACAGUCCAUCUCUAUUCGGGCAGAAAUUUCGCUCGUCAGUUGUGCCAGCCACAUGUAUUUCUAAUUGACCUCAAAGUCUGUAUUUCUAUACAGUUAAUUUGCUUUCCGCAAACCGUUAAAUCUUGGAUAUAUGAAGAUGCUCCUCAUACGGAUCUCUUCCCCCAUUUUCGACAUUCACCGUUUAGUGGUCUGUCACGAGCAAAUAACAUCCAGAAAGCAGAAGA